GAGUCGAUUGUAAGUGGUUUUGGGGUUACUGGACAUUCAAGGGCUAUGAUGUCUAAUCGAAUUUCUUAUUGGUUAAAUUUAAAAGGUCCGAGUUGUGCUUAUGAUAGCAACUGGAUUGGAGGAAUUGAAGUUCUUAAUUUAGCCGUAACCGCUGUACAAGAAGGACAUUGUGAGGCCGCAAUCAUUGGAUCAGCUAAUUUAGCAUUAAACGCAGAAAUUUCAUUUUUGUACAACGAUAUGGGGUUACUUUCUCAAGAUGGAUCAACGAAAGCUUUUGAUAAAGACGCUUCCGGUUAUGCUAGAGCCGAUGGAGUUGUUGUAAUGCUAAUUCAAAGAGCUUCAGAUGCUAAAAGAGUUUACGCCAGCGUGCUUCAUUCCGCAACGAUUUUUAAUGGAGCCCGAGAUGGUCCAAUUUUUGAUCAAAAUUUAGAAGGAAUGACAAAUUUUGUUGACGAAUUUUACGAAAAAUGCAAAAUUAACCCUGCGGACGUUGAAUACGUCGAAACGUACGGUUGCGGUGUGAAAAGAACGGACGAAAUCGAAUUAAACGCUUUGGAAUCGGUUUAUUGCAAAAACCGAAAAUCUCCCCUUUUAAUUGGGUCAAUAAAACCUCAAACCGGGCACAGCGAAGCAAGCGAUAAUUUAUUUUCGAUCGCCAAAGUUUUGGUUGCAAUGGAAAAUAAAAAAAUCCCCGCAAUGUUGCAAUUUAAAAAUCCAAAUCCGAAUAUUCCCGGAUUAUUAAACGGCAAUUUAGAGGUUGUUACAGAAAAUAGAGAUUGGAAAGGCGAAUUGGCCGCGGUUCAUGGAAUCGGAUUGUGUUCUUCUUACGCGCAUGUUUUAUUAAAAGGAAAUCCGAUUUUAAAAACGCCAAUUAAUAACGAUUUGCCGAAAUUAGUGGUGGCAUCGACUCGAACGGAAAACGGAAUCCAAGAAAUUUUAAAAACGUUGCAAGAAGAAAAAGAUAUCGAUGACGAAUACAUCGGGUUAACGCAUAAUUUCUUUUCAAAAACCGUUUCAGGGCAUUUAUAUAGAGGAUACACAAUUUUGGAUGAAAGCGAAAACCCAAAACAUGAAUUCGAACAUUACACGGGUAAUAAACGCCCGAUUUGGUUUGUUUACUCAGGAAUGGGUAGCCAAUGGGUUGGGAUGGCUAAUGAUUUAAUGAAGCUUCCAAUAUUCGCGGAAUCCAUAAAAAAAUCGGCGAAAAUUCUUGAACCGAAAGGAAUCGAUCUCAUUAGCAUAGUAACAGGGAGUGACCCAAAAAUUUUUGAUAGCAUCGUGCACUCUUUCGUGGGAAUUGCCGCGGUUCAAAUCGCAUUAACCGAUAUUUUAAAGGCUUUAGGUGUGGUUCCUGAUGGAAUAAUCGGGCACUCAGUCGGUGAAUUGGGAUGUUCUUACGCCGAUGAUUGUUUAACACCGGAACAAAUGAUUUUAUGCGCGUAUUCUAGAGGUCGAGCUUCCGUGGAAGUCGAAUUAGUUAAAGGAAUGAUGGCCGCGAUUGGUUUAGGAAAUGGGCAAGUUAAAGAUCGCCUCCCUGAAUCGAUCGAAGUUGCUUGCCAUAACUCGACCGAUAAUUGCACACUAUCUGGACCAACUGAAGACAUGGAAAAAUACGUUAAAGAACUCCAAGAUAAAGGAAUCUUCGCGCGAUUAGUUAACGUGGCUAAUAUUGCCUAUCAUAGUCGAUAUAUUCGCCCAGCGGCUCCGAAAUUACUUGAAUAUCUCAAAAAAAUCAUCCCAGAACCGAAAGCCAGAUCGUCAAAGUGGAUUUCAACGUCGGUUUUGGAAGAAAAUUGGGAUGGGGUUGACGCGAAAUUGUGCUCGGCUCAAUAUCACACUAAUAAUUUAUUAGGGUCGGUUUUAUUUGAGGAAGGAUCGAAACAUAUUCCGAAAGAUGCGAUUGCUAUUGAGAUUGCCCCGCAUGGAUUAUUACAAGCGAUUUUAAAGAGAUCUUUAAGUAGUGAGUGCACUAAUAUUCCUUUGACACAAAGAGGGAAUAAAAAUGGAUUACAAUUUUUAUUAUCAGCAAUUGGAAAAAUGUAUCUCGCUGGAAUUGACGUUAACAUAGCAGCUAUUUACCCCGAAAUAAAUUACCCGGUUAGUCGAGGAACAUUAAGUUUAACUCCAUUAGUUCAUUGGGAACACAGCGAAACAUGGAGAACCGGAAUUGAAGACAAAAUUAAUUAUUUAUUCAACGUUAAAGACACGCAAAUUACCUUAAAUUCAGAUGAAUAUAGAUAUUGUAAUGGACACAUCCUCGAUGAUAACUGCACCUUUCCUAUUUCAUCACUUUUAAACAUUUUAAUGGAAAUAUUAAUAUCCGGAUCUGACACAAAACCAUCAACUGUAAUCUUCGAAAAUAUCCUAUUUAAAAACAUGCUAACAAUUCCAAAAGUCGAUUCUAUUCCUUUACACGCCCUAAUUCAAACGGGAAGUGGAUCUUUCGAGAUAUUAUCGGGAAAAACAAUGAUAGCCACCGGGAAAAUUUACGUGCCCCACGUCGCUGACAAAUUCUGGGCUGAAGAAAUCGAAGUUGUGGUUCCUGAAAAAGCGAUGGAAUUGACCACGAAAGAUGUUUAUUGCGAAUUUAAUCAUCGCGGGCAUAAAUAUAGCGGGGAUUUCAAAGUUAUUAAAAGCGUUAAGUUGGGGGAAACCGGACAAAUUAGUAAAGUUGGGUGGAAUAAUAAGUGGACGUCGCUCUUUGAGGGGAUGCUUCAACAAUACAUAUUGAAAAGAGGGGAAAAGUAUCAAAAUAUUAUUACGCCAAGUUUUAUUCAAAAAAUUGCAAUUUCGCUGGAAAAAUUACCUACUAAUAAUGAAGAUAUUGAUGUAACUUAUAAUUACCACACCGAAAUAAUAUCGACCGAAAGCAUACAAAUAAUUGGAUUACAACAUAAUACUCAAGCGCAAAUUGCAAAGCCGAUCAGUUUACUAAGUAACAAUUUCGUUGGAUUAGAAAAAAUAUCUACUCAAAGCAUAGAUGUUGCUAUUAAUUACAGUGUACACACUGCAAUUAACAACUUUGAUAUUAAUACCAAAAACAUUGCGAUAAUCGAUAUUGAAACGAUAAAUUCCGAGUCAUUUUCGGAAAAUAUUAAAAAUGUUUUAGAUAAAAACGUUGAAAUUAGCGGAAAUGUAACGAAAACUAAAGAAGAUAAAAUCGCAAUUUUAUUUUUAUCAACAACAAAUCCGAUAUUAAUCGUUUCAAGUGAAACCCCAUCUGAAAACGUUUUAAAAACAAUCGUUUCAAGUCAUGCUUUCGCUUUAGUCAAAACUGAUAAAACGAUUUACUCCAAUGAAAAUAUUCAAAUUAUUUUCGAAUUUGUAAUUAAUCAAAUUAAUUAUUGUUUGAUUCGAAAACGUUGUAAAGUUACUCCAAACGUUGUUGUUAUAAAAUCCGAUUUAGUUUCUUCGAAAGAUUUAAGUAAAGAUGCUUUAAACUGGGUGAUGGAAUUAAAAGAAAAAUCGAUUUCAAAAAUAACUUACUUAAUUGUGCCGGUUUUACCAACCGAGGGAGCUAGUAAUUUUAUAAGUGAGUUGAAACUUAAGAAAGAAUUUAAUAACGUUCGAUGCGUUUUCUUGGAAAAAAACGUUAAUUUUGAUUUAAACUCAAACCAAGGAAGAGAAAUUAUCCGAAAAGAUUUAAGCGCGGUUUUCUUUAAAAACGGAAAAAUUGGAACCUAUUUACCUUUACCGUUGGAUUUUAUGGAUGAUGUUAAGAAUUUAGAACCAUCAUCAACGGCCUCUAUAGCAGCAAAAAAUGUUCAUUUUCUUGGAAUUAACGCAAACGAUGAGACAUUAACGAAUGAAAAACAUGAAAUUGGGUUGGGAAAUAUCGAUUAUUCGGGUGUUGAUGCGAAAGAUCGAAUUAUGGGGGUUGCUAAAAUGGAUGUUGAUACUUGUAAUUUAAUUCCCGAUGAUAUCCUUCAUUGGAAAAUACCCGAAAAAUGGAGUAUGGAGGAUGGAUGUUCUAUUCCUCAUGCUUACAUCACUGCAUAUUAUUGUUUAAUUACAAAAGGGUACUUAGAACCCGGCGAAACUGUUUUAAUUCACAACGGAACCUCAUCAAUCGGUCUCGCUUCGAUUUGUCUUGCCUUAAACAAAUCCUGUAAAGUUUUCACAACCGUCGCAACUUCCGAGCAACGUUUCUACUUGAAAAAGCGCUUCCCUCAACUAAAAGACCGCAACAUCCUUUCAAGCAAAGACUCCAGUUUCGAGGCGAAUCUUUUAAUGGCAACCGGCGGCGAAGGAGCCCAUCUCAUCCUGAAUACAUUAUCAAAAAGCCUUUUGAAAGCUUCCGUAAGAUGUGUAGCUGAUUAUGGAAGAUUCAUUCAAUUAGGAAAAUUUGAUAUCACCGAAAACAGCACGAUUGGAAUGAGUGUGUUUUUAAAAAAUACGUCGUUUGGAACUGUUGUUCCUGAAGAUAUUUUUGAGGCUUCCCUAGAAGAAAAGGAGGAAUUAAAAAAGUUGAUUCAAGGCGGAAUCGAUGAAGGGAUCAUCAAACCAAUUCGACGGGAAAUCGUUACUCAUCACGAUAUUAGAAGCAUUUUAGAUUCUUUAAUUAAAUACGAAAAUAUUGGAAAAACAAUCAUUAGAAUCACUCCUGAAACGGCUGUAAAUUACUUAAACAUUUCAAAACCGAAUCAAUUUAUUUGUAACCCCCGUUGUUCUUAUUUGAUUUAUGGUGGCUCCUCAGAAUCAUGGACGGAUAUGGUUGAAUGGUUAGUUUUUCGUGGAGCUCGUAAAAUAGCGGUUUGUUCCGAUUCAAAACCCCUUCAAAACCACGUUAAUCGCCGAUUAGUUCUUUUGAGAGGUUAUUUCGGCGCGGAAAUUAUUUUUACUUCGAAAAAAAUACAAACGAAAGAAAACGCAGCGGAAGUUUUAACCGAAAUUAACGAUAUGGGGCCGAUUCAAGCCGUUUUUGUUUUGCCAAUAUCGUCGAAUAAAUUCAGCGAUUUAAAAUCGAUUCAAUACGUUGAUAUGGCUUUGAGAAAUAUCGCACCAAAAGCUAUUUUUGUAAAUAUGGUUACAAACGCUUCGGGGAUUACACAAAAUAGAUUGCAAGAUUCUUUUAAUGCUUACAACAUCGAUUGGGUGACUUCUUUAGAUUUCGCUUUCGUUUUAUAUGGGUUAGAUGAAAUUCUUGGGUUAAAAACGAAAGAUGUUAUUGUUAGAACUGAAAUUGUGGGGGAUAUACCUCAAGAGACAGUUCAAGCUUUAUACAUAAAACUUGUCCAAAUGCUUCCAUCAUCAUCCCAAGAAUUAGAACAAAUCUAUUUAGAGUCACCGGAUAAGCCAACAUUCACUCAAGUCCAAACAUUAGGGCCGUGUAAAAUCCGCGAGGUUCCCCCAAUAUUUGUUAUCCCCGGAUUAUUUAACCCCGAAAUCCUUUCAAAAAUGUGCUUCCCACUCCUACAUCCAACAUUCAUCGCGAAUUUCUCCAACUCCCAUCUACCCUUAGAAGAAAUGGCCAAAAUCCUUGCAAAAGAAAUACAACAAAUAUACCCAAGGGGUCCAUACAAUAUAGUUGGAGUAUCUUGGGGUGGAAUAUUAGCACUGGAAAUUUCUAAAAUUCUCGAACAACACAAAAACACCCAAAUCACCUUCGUUGAUGGUACCCCGGAUAUCAUUAAGGAUGUUUUUAACCACUUAGGAGAUAUCGCUAAUCUCCAAUUAAACGUUAUCUCGAGAUUACUAAACGUCACUUCAGCGGAUAUCUUAAAAACGAUGAAUAACACAUCGAAUUUGACGGAACGAAUUAAUUUGGCGAUGCAGAAUUAUUCAGGGGGGAAUAAAGAGAAUAUUAGGAAAAGUUUGAUACUGCUUUUGGAGAGGAUUAAAAUGGCGUUGGGAUAUUUACCGAGCGAAAAUUUGUUUAAGGGUGGCGUUUAUUUGAUUCGACCAACGGGAUCUAAUAAAAAUGAUAAGUGUGGAUUGACAAAGUAUGUUGAAAAGGCCGUAAAUAUAUCAAUUUUAAAUGGAAACCAUUUAACUUUAUUAGAGAACGAAUUAGUGGCUGACACCAUCAAUGAAUACAUAGCAAUUCGUUAAAAAAUUAAUUAUAAAUCAAUAAAAUGAAUUAAUUUUUAAAAAUAAAUAAAUGGUUGCUUAUAAAAAA